CUAGCUGGAUACGAACUGAUCUCCACGAAGUUGUUUUUGCGCACAAGUCAAAUGAAGAAUAAAACUGAAAUUCGAUGUUGUACAUGAUGUGACAAUUGCAGCGAAAGGCCCACAGAGUGGCGGUGAGUACCCAAGCGCCUGAAGACCCGGUGUUUCCCCGAUCUGACUACGAAGGCUGUGAACCCCGACCAGAGAGAAAGGCUUCAUCCCAUUGCAUAUGUGUUCGGGCAAAGAGCUAGCUCAGUGUACGGGCUUGAAACGCAAGUCCAACUUCCAAGUAGUGUGGCGCAACCUAAAUACCAGGAAGCUCAAGGUGAAAGAGUUGAGGCCUUACGCCUCAAUGAAAAGCUCAAUUCGACAAUGCAAGAGGUCACCUUUAAAGGAGCUAAGGCCUCCGGCCUAAGUGCCCCUGCCAACAACGAGCCCACGCAAAGUUCUGAGUCACAGGAAGCCCAGUCAAAUGCAAAGGAAGCUGUGUCGCCAUUGACGAUGGCGAUACAAUGUCAAGUACCAACCAUAGUAUGUAAGAUUGCUGUGAGUGACGAACGCCCAGGGCACUGGACCAGGGCCUGGGCGCUCAGUCGACGAUCCGUAAAGUCAACAGCGCUAAAUGUCCUUUGGAGUGAUCACAAGUCGGUGAUCAGGCUAAGUGCCCCGCUCUUUGAAGAGAUAGAGUCCAGCAUUCCAGACUCGACCAAGCUGCGGCAUUUCCCUCUAUGCUCUUCCAUAUGCUUGAUGACAUGCAACUAUCAGUGCAGGAAGUUCUGCCUAAUUGUGGAUCUGAGAUUAGUUCCAUCGACCCUUUUUACCUGUCCUGGUCUGUUCCAAUAGAGGCUGGUCACCUGCCUACUGUCCUGGCAGAGUGAAGCGUCACGUACCGGUACGUGCAACAUCUCACACUGCCGCUCCGACGCGUCUGUGCGUCCAUCGAUCCUGUAGCAUAGCCCCAUCAGUUAGGCAUAAUGAUGAUUAGCUUUUGUGUCAUCUUAAGUCCCUCGUGUAGCCGCCGAGCGCUACGUCUACAUCGGGCCAGUCAUAACAACACGUUGUCUCCGUGCAGUGACCAGUAGCCAAGCCUCUGAGGACAUGAAGACAGGUGUUACUGAGCAAAUCCCAGUGACGUGGAUGACGAUCCCUGCCAGGGUGUUGUUUGACCGAUUCUGAGUAUUUCCAAUGAGCAAUAUGACAACGAACAGUGAUUGGCAGCGAGUGCCUGUGUCCAGACCUAUCGAUUCGUG